AUGGAUGUUCUUCGCGAUUGGCUGGCUGACGGGGGGGAUUCCGGAGAUGCUCUCUUUCGGCAAUUUACCCUUCUCACGCUCAAGGGCAAAGUGGAUACGAAAGAGGUCCUGGGUGAAUUGAGUGCGAUUUCACGCGAAGCCAAGUCAGAAAAGAGCAGUAAAGGUGGCAAAAAAAAGCGCAAGAACCGCCGCAAGAACAAUGCUGAUGCCAACAACAACCCAGCGGCUGGUGCUGCCAAGAACGACUUGAUCUACACGUAUGACGUGCAUUCCUCCACCACGGCCUUUGCCGUUGUGCGCGAAGCCGUUCUGACCGCUCGUGCCUCCGCCGGAGAGGCCUGGUUCAAGGCUGCGGGAAAAUCCAUUGAGGCACAACGACAAGCUUGUACUGAUCUCGAGAAUGACGAAACUACGACCGAAGCAACGCCAGUGCAAAUGUCUCAGCUGAGCUCCGUGGGUCUUCGGGGUAUGCUCGCCGUGAUUGUGGAGCUGGCAUCGACAAACAUGGAUAUCGCCUCGCGCCUGCUCGCAAACAUGGUUCAAGUCAUCUCGGGUGCUGACCCUUGCUCCUUUGAGGGCGAGGACGAAACGCUGAUGCGGGAUCUACGCUCAGCUUUUGAACAGACUGCCCGCGUGCAACCCGCCCUCAGUGGAUUGGCUUUUGCGGGCGUCUUGAGCCUAGCGGCAGCGCGCGGAAACGUCGACGAAAUUUUGCAAUGCAUUUUAUCGCUUAUCCGUGCCCAAGAGACCGCGACCAGCACGCUGAUCAACGUCCCUCGAAAUGUCCGACGCCUGCACGAAGGCUUGAUGCAGGACAUCUUUCCCAAUCGCGCUCAAUCCUGGCUGAAAAUGGCACCCAACCCCUCCACCCAAGUCGACAUGAUUGAAACCACUGCGUUUUUGGACGAAAGCCUUCGCGCGGCGCUUCAGAAUGAUGUGCUGCCGUCCAUUGCAAGCGAUGAUUCAUAUUGUUACUUGCACUUUGGAUGCGCUGUCCUCAAGAUGGGCACGGGCUUUAACGGCAGCCUUCGUGGUCACAUCUAUCAAUUCGUGUCCCUUCCCGACACUCGCCUGGUCGCACCUUGGAUGGGCUGCCUCGAUCAUACGUUGCUGAUCCGCCACCAGGACGACGAACCAGGCAUUUUCAUGAAGCUCAACAUGACCACACUCGAGCCCGACGGUAUUGUUAUGCAAGCAGAAGGCGAGGGCUUGAUUGGUGCACUGCCCCACGCGCUUGUUGCCGCUGCAGAUACAGUGGGUGUGCUGGAGGCUGCUGCACACUCCUGGCGUCUACGUCGCAUGUCUCUUGACACCAGUGGCUCCACUUUGUACACCACGUCAACGCAAAUGCUGAGUCAGACUUACAACAAAUACAGCGUCCAUGGGCAGACCUGCAUUGGCAACGCACAACAAGAACCCCUUGCAGUUACCAUGGACUUUGUUCCCCGCGACGUUGUCAUCAACGAGUCGUUUGCUGUCGCACUCUCGGAUGAGGGCAACCUGUUCGUUGCUGGCAGUCUCGUAGAAGCCCUUGGGGUUGCUGUAGAAGACGGCAAGACAUGGUACCCGAUUGCUAUGGAAGAGCCUCUGCAAGCUGUUACGGCAGCGCACCGAGGCGAGCGUGUGGCGUGCCUCAGCGAGAGCGGCUGCGUAUAUCUGCUGGGUCAGCUGCCCUUGGAAACCGAGCUCAAAUACAAGCAUGCCACACCCAUGCCACGUCUGUAUUACCGUCCACCGGAGGGUCUUCGCGUGACCCACAUGGUCCUGACCUUGGAUGGGGGGCUCUAUGUGGCACUCUCCAACAACGUCAUCCUACAUGUGCGCCAACACGAGGACCCGCUCAUUUUGCAACGCAGACCCGACGGCUCGCUGCUAAACCCCGCCAAUUCAUGGGUCAAACGCGGCAAUACGGGCAAAUUCUACUGUGGGCGACCCCUCAAGCAGUGUGCAUGUGGCUCGUGCGAUGGCCGAUGCGGUCCAAACAAUGGUUGCAAUUGCCGGUCUUGCCAAACGGUAGAUGAUUUGGUCAAGCGCCAGGCCUGGUAUUCCAACCGCGUGACCAUGCCAGCCGUUUCUGAAGCAGACUCUGAGGUCACGCCCGAGCUCGAUCAGACCAUUCUAUUGGGCCAUCUGACAAAAGCCGCCAAGUCAACUCGCGGACGCGGUCCGACCUGUCGCGAGUGCGGCACGCUGUCCGAGAAGGAGGCCAGUUAUGCAAGCUUGGAUCAAAGCCUCUAUCGCAAGUUGCGCUGGUGCGAGAAGUGUGUGGCAGCCAAAAAGAUCUCCGACCUAGGCCUGCAUAUCUCACUCGUGAUCUGCGAAGACCGUGUGUUGGCGCAGGAGGGCAUCGGUGCCAUGGCUGCUCUCGAUGAUCGCCUUGUCGUGACCUCUGCGUCCUCGGGCACUUUGCUUGAUUCCAGCUCUCAAGUCAACAGCGAAAAUGGAGUUGUGCGGGUUUCCAGCGCUGCUGGCACGACCGCGCAGGCCCGCGUGUGUGAGCAUGAUUUUCAAGUGCACAAGGCUCGCGUGUGCACGUUAUGCCUCAACUGCACGCAGUCAGGCUCGAGCUGCUAUCGUCACACAGCUGCCAAUCGCCAGCCUGGGGACCUCUGUGGAUGUGGCAACGGCGACGCGGGUUGCAUCAAGUGUGGCGCUUGUCGUGCGUGCUGUCAGGGCGCCGACGACGACGAUAAGGCUGUUGCUGAUGACAAGGAGUCUGUCUUGUCUAAGGUGGCCAGUUUUGGAGCACGUCAGCAUCUCGAAGUCGUGACGCUGCUGGCCGGUGCCCAUGUCACCGAGUUGGCCGCUGGCUCUGACCAUGUGCUGGCGUUGACCAAAGAUGGCUUGGUUUUUGGAUCGGGCAAUAACACAAGCGGGCAGCUCGGCGUCGGUCAUGACAUUGUCACGGCUGCUGCUUAUGUUCCGCUCGGUCUAGAGGGUGUGCGUACGCUGGCCGCAGGUCCCAAAACUUCGCUUGCACUUGUCGGUUCGCAACUUUUUUGCUUCGGUGAAACAAAGAAUGGCGGCCUGGCGCCAUUUGUGGCCGAGUCAGAGGGUCGCUCAUUGUGGGACCCCCAGCCCUCGGCGCCACUGGCAGCUGUGCCUUCGCGCCUCACCUUGAACCGGGGCUGCACCCUUAUGGUGGAGGGUCGUCAAUUGGUGAAGGACGAGGCACUCUUACAGAGCUCGGUGGCCAUCUUUGAUGACGUUUUGGCCAUCUUUUACAACAAUGACGACGGGCAGACAUAUGAGCUCGCCUUUAACCUCAACACGGGCAAUGUGGCCUUCCACCAAAAGGUGUCCGACGGCCGUCUCAGUUUGACGCAGUGCUUUCCCUUCAAGGCCCUGUUGGAGACCAAUCCGGCCGGUGAUGUACGCAUUCACUUGACGCAGGCCGCAGAUCGCACGGCGAAGGCUGUGCCCAUUGUCGCUGCCCCCGAGCACAUCUCUACCGGCAGUUUGCCCUUAUUGCCCUCGCGGCGUUUGGGGCAUGGGCUGAGCCCAUUGACCGCAGUUGGCACGUGUCUGCUGAGCGCGUUGGCCAGUCGAACCCAUGGUCAGCAGGGUCAGGAGAAGGAGAAGACGCUUGUUUCACGCAAGGCCCUCAGCCCAGAAGACUUUAUGGUUUUUGAGCGUUUUGGCUCUGAAGGUGGCGGCUGGGGCUAUGGUGGAGGUUCGCCCGAUGCCAUCAGCUUCACUUGCAGUGACGAAGCCUACUUGUGUGGAGUUGGUCUGUUUGGCAGUCAAGGCAGCACGUUUUCGGCUCAAUUCAAGGUGUUCCCAGAGGAGGAUACGAGCAACGUUUUGUUUGAGUCAAACUUUGAUUACGAGCUCGGGGUCGGCGAAAAGUACUACUCGUAUGUUCUGGAUGAGCCCCUGAAGCUUGAGGCCGGUCCUCGUUAUGCGGUGUAUGUCAAGAUUCGCAGCGCUGCCAGCAGCGCUUGCGGUUCAUCUGGCAAGAGCACGGUGGCGAUAGAAGGUUUGACCGUCACUUUUCAAGCCAGUACACACUGCAACAAUGGCACCGACGUUGGCUCGGGUCAAUUUCCAGCCCUCAUGCUCGUCACCCCCUCACAAAUGCUCCAAACCAAGGCCAUUGCCAACGAUGGACCCGAGUUGUACUCCUUGCCCGCCCGAUUUGGCCGCACGCCCACUAUGGCCAGCCUUUCCAGCAUUUUGGAUACGCUUCGCUGGUCUUACGAACUCAGCUCCAGCGCUUCGCCUGCUGCCGAUGCCCAUGGCGGCAAGGACAGUUUGACUAUUAUUGCUCUCGAAUGUUUGGAUCUUCUCGACAGCACUGUGAACGCACACUUUGCCAAAGAUUCGGCCGGCUGUUUGAUCCCCGAGCCUCUGAAGGCCCACGAUGAGAACCUAGCUCAUAGCAUCAUUGAGUACCGACGAGUGCUGCAGCAGUUGCUGCAGCUGUCAACGCAUGACGACUCUGCGUUGGUACAAAAGGCUCGCGAAACCUAUAGCAAGUUGUUCCAAAUCUUUCAUCCAACCCCGGCCCUACAACAACGUCUGUUUGCCGAGCAGCUUGGAAUGCUGCGCAAAGCCGAUGCAGACAAGGCGUCAUUUGCACGUGUGGUGUUCGACUCCAUGUCAAGGCCAACGUUUCCGACCCAUCGGCUAUUUCCCAGCGCGGACACAUCCUUGAAAGAGGGUGCUGCCGUUCAAAAUGCCCCCGUUGUCACGCCAGUGGAGGGAAAGGAAGCUUAUGAAAAGCUGAAGGUCUCCAGCAACUCGCCGACAGCCAGCAACUUGGAACUUGAUGACGCAUCAUACUGGGAGAGCAACGGAGAUGCCGGUUCUCACUGGAUACAGCUGAAUCUUGAACCUGAUGUUUACAUCUCUGAGCUUGUCAUGAAGUGCUUUUCGAUGGAUUCAUAUCGUCCGUCGACCGUCACGGUCAAGGCUGGAGAUGAUGAGAAUAAUCUCGAACAGAUUGUCGUCAUUGAUUGCCAGACUGCUCGUCAAGGUAACGACAUCCCUCUCCUGCAGGACGUCGAUGAGAGCUACAGCAUUGUGCGCAUGUGCAUUGCCGCUGACGGCAUCAAUUGCCGCAUUGCGGGUUUCCGGAUUGCUGGCGAGGUGCGCAACGGCAGCAGCGAUGCCAGUGCAGAAGUGCAGCUUUCUCCGUUUGCGCAUUUCAUGCAGACGCUCGAAACUCUGGGCUCCUCUGGUUCAAGCGGACCUGAGUCCGGCCUCGGAGAUCUUGAGCAGUUGCUACAAUCAGCCGUCGAGUUUAUCUUUACGACCGGCAAUCCUGGCCUUGCUCAAUCGCUCACGCGUUUGAUAUGUGCCUAUCUGGCAAGCAGCAACGUUCGAGGUGCUCACGCAUCGAGCAACCCAACUUCAUUAGGAACCGUUGCUGCCGCCGGAACUGAAGCAAGCGAAUUGCUAUUGGCCGCCCUGUGGAAUCAGCUUCAGGCCAAUGGACGAGACGUUCGCUCGGUCUUGUGUGGAGCUGUGGGAGAGUUUUGCCUCCCCCUGUUGUUGGCCCAUGUGGCUAUGAAUACCAACUCACCCAAGAGUGCACUUAAAGUGAACCGCCAUGCACUGAUGCUUUUGGAACUACUUCAUGCUGAGAUGGGUCAGGCUGAUACCUCGGAGGCAGCCACACCCCAAGUCUUGAUGGCCGAGUCUGCGCACCCUUAUUUGGAAGGAGAAGUGCACAUGGAGACCUUGAGCUUCCCCGAGUCGGUGGCCAUGAUGCAAUUGGCCUUCGACCCACGCUUGAGUCUAUUCCAGGCUGAGGAUGUUCUGACCGUCGAGGUGGCUCAGGGCAAUGCCGACUUUUUGCCUUUCCUCAGCCUCAAGGGCCCAACUGUGACGCUGCCUGACCACACGCUUUUGGUGCCUGGCAGUCGCCUUCGGCUUUGUCUCCAAUCGGCCACCUGCUACCAGGAGCACAUUGAUCGACGCACCAACCCAGGCUACUUUGGCUAUGCCCUACGCACCACGGGCCUCACUUUACCCGUACAGGACAAUGUGUUGCACAUUUUGGAGCGCGAAUUAACUUAUUUGGUGGCGUGCUGCGCUCGCCACAUGCUGCUGGCUCGACAUGAGCUGCCCACCACCGUAGACGCCCGAGAUGAGUCAGUGGACAUCAACGCCUUGGCUGCUCAAAAGGCCUCGCAGGCGGCGCUAUUUCGCAUGGGGUUGGAAGUUGACGCCAGUAGCGUGACCAAAUUUCUCGAGACCCAAACCUUGCAGGUGAACGGUGAUUCUCAAAUACAGCAGUUUUUGCGCGAUUUUGUUGAUUGCACGCCCAAGUCUUCCGGUGCACGUUUAGCGCGUUGGCUGCGUGCAGGGCCCGCGAUUGAUGCUGCCCAGUGCUCGCGCCAAGAUCAUGCCAACUUUGGAGACCAGGCAGGCUCAACCUCUGUCACAACUGCCGAAAGCAAAGUCGUUCGCUUUCGGUCUCCGGUCGAUUUCAUCGUACACACGCGCGAUCAACACGGCGAAUUGCUGCACCACCCGCUCACCCGAGUGGGUGUGCACAUUGUCUAUCCCGAUGCCUCGGAGGCCGAGCAAGAGGGUGGUCAAACGCUAUCGGAGAUUGUGGACUCGACGGCCCCCGUCACGAAAGACGGCUGCUGCUACAAAAACAUUUUUUCGCACCUUUCGUUUUCACCGGAAGAAGCACGGCUGCAGCACAUGAUGUCCGGCGAGCUUCUGGCUUCCGCCGAACUCUUGGAAGAGGCCAAAUACCAGGUCAAAUUUGUUCCCCGGCAUCUGGGCACCUGCUUGGUCCAUGUUACCGUCGAUGGCACUGACAUUGAAGGCAGCCCCUUCUGCUACAAGGUGGAGCCGAACAGGGAAAUGAUAAUGGUGUCAGCUGAAGACGCUGUGGCUGAUCGCACCGACGACCCAGAGUACGCAAAUGAAGUGUCCAUGAAGCCCACUGCGAGCAAGUAUCGUGUGGUGCGCCCCGUCACAAUUUAUGCCGGCGCCAACGAUGAAGCCUUGGAGUUGGGCACACUGAUCAAGGGAUUCAAGCUCGAGGCGAUUAAGAUCUGCUCCAACGAGCAAGGCAAUUGGAUCCAACUAAACAUGUCCGCUGUGCGCAAGUUUGUGUCAGAGGAGAUGCAUCACCUGGAAGCCUGGGUUCCUGAAAUGCAGAGAGGCGUGGCUGGCGAUGCAAUCUUUUUGACUGAAGCGCACGACGACGACGCGGAUGAUGUCAUUACGGAAGUAGAGGAUAUGAUGAUGGCGGAGCCUGACAAGGAGCCACUAUCUCCUGGCUUUGGUUUUGCAGCUGCCAACAAUGGUAUCCGGAACCCCUUCGGUCCCGACAGCAACCAGGCUCAAGUUCAGCCUGCCUGGGGUGCCGCAGCUCGGCCUGGUCUUUUUGGCGCCCAAGCUGCUGCCGGUGGGGGUGGCGAUUCUUUUGGUGGCCUCUUUGGUGCACCGGCGGCCGGUGCCGAUGGAGCCCUCGCGCCUUGGCCGGCUCCGGCUCCGCUGUUUAAGGACGUUCAUGACGAAGAAGAUGGUGGUGGCGCUGCCGGCGCGCCACUCGGCGCUGGUGUCAUCUCCUUUGGCCUCCCUCGUGGCAAGGACAAGAGCGACAAGAGCCGCAAGCCAAAGAAAAAAUCCGCUGCAGCUGCUCCGUUUCAGUUUAAAAUUGAAGCACCCGCGGCUGUGCCCGCAGUUGGUGCCCUGCGCGCUGUCGAUGAGCCUGCGAAGGCGUCCGAGAACGCCAAGAAUCAAGACGCAGCGCCAUCCAAGCCCAUCCAGCCCGAGGCCAUGCCCCUGGACCCGGCUGAGGGCAAAAGCCAGGUGGCAAUCGCGCCCAUGACUGCAGCAUUGGAGCGAACUGUCAGGGCUGCCUUUGCCGCUUAUUUGUGGCACGGUGAUGUAACCUCGGAUGCCAUGGCCCUGGCCACCCAUCUUCGCUUUGACCCCACUUACAAGCGCCCCAAUGUCAAAACGGAUACCCGUGGCACAAUGGGUAACCAGGCGUUUGAGGCGGCUGCGCCGCGCCUCGAUGAACUGAGUGAGGAUGCUCUCGUAUGGGUGCAACCUGACGAUGGGGCCCGUGGCACGCUGCCCGGGUUUGUGCAAAAGGUGCAGUGCCCCGUCUUGGCGCAGAAGAUCAACGACGUCGAGCUGGCCGUCGGCCAGCGCCUCGAGGCCAAGGAUCGCCUGAACCCCUUUAUGAUCUGUGUCGCCUUUAUCAAGGAAAUAUUGCCAGAUGGAAAGGUCAAGGUGUCCUUUGAUGGCUGGGGCGAACGCUACGAUUACAUUGCCUCGCUGGAUAAUGAGGACCUGCACCCCAUCGGCUUUUGCCAGCUAACGCAGCACAAGCUCGAGAAGCCUCGCGGAUUUGAUGGCGACCUGCUCUGUCACGCCAGCAAUGAGCAACUUAUUGACGCCAAGCGUCAGGCCGAUGAUAUUGAGCACGCGUUCUUUCAUCCGCUGCACCCACAUCCAUUGCGACAGCAUGAGAACGCGUUUGGAUGGAAUUGCGAUGGUGCCAAUCAACCUUUUGGCAUGGGCUGCCCAGGCCGAGGGCUUUUCGGAGGACCACCUCCGGGUUUGCGCUACCGCUGCAUGGCCGGGUGUGACUAUGACCUGUGCAGCCACUGCAUGAGCACGUCCAUCUUCUUUGAACGCGAGGAGCAACCCGUGGCUCCGCCUGUACCUGCUGCGCCCACCGUGGUCGUCCGCACCGUGGAUGGGGAUACUCUGACGGUCCAGAUGGAUCAGAUUCGCUUGCGUGUCCCCGUUCCGGAUGCCCAGGCUGACGAGCACGAUGAUCCUCUGGAUUCCGGUGACAGUGCGCCUGAACCAACACGAGCAUCUGUACCCAAGUAUCUCACGGUAUUGUGGGAACAAAUGAAGGCGCGGCUCGAGAUGCUGGUCAAGCGGCUGUCGGCGGCCUCGCUGGAGGACUCUCGCCUUCAGAUUGAGUCGGCUACAUAUGGCCCGGAGGAUCAGCAACAAUUUUGCAAAGAUGUCAAGCACAUUAUUAGCUUUUUCGUUGACGAACAUGGUCACCUUGAGCUCACCAGCCCUUAUCGUGCGCUGUUUGGACCGGCUCCGGCCAACUCGGUGCUGCAGCUCAAGGUUGUGGUCAAGGGCAUCAACGGUGCCAUUGAGCUGAAAUUCCGCAAAAACCAACCUAUUGUCGUCGACGCCGUCAAGCUGGCCGAAGAGCGAAACGUGAAGCUGUUUGUAUGCAAACAUGAAAUUGUGUCCUCUUCGCGCCCAGCCUCACGCCUGUCGACCGUUGGCUUGCAUGCUUUGUUUGGCAAUUCGUCUCAGGCCGGCAACUGCGGCGAUGGAGCGCAAAAAGCAUCGACCUGGUAUCUCAUGUGCAAGAGCUGCCAUAGCAACUACCUGGCGGCCAAGGACUCGAAACAAAACGACGGGAGCCAAAGCAAGUCCGAUCUGCCGGUCAGUGCAGAUGACUCCAUCGAUCAGCUCCUUCUGCGCCAGUUCUCGUACACCCAAGUCCUUCAGGCUAUUGAAGACAAGUCGCGCAUGCUUUUGGCCGUGGCACCUGAAAACAGCCUGUACGCCACCUGCCUGGCCGAGCGUCGGCCCGCUACUUUGGAAACACCUGAACCCGUCCCUGGUCACGUGGAUCGCACGCAUUCGCAUCAGUCCCCAGCGGCCACUCCUCGCCGCGCGGCCAUCCGUCGCCAGCAAACCGUGGCCGAUGACCACCCGCAUGCUGCUGCUGUGGCCCAACGUACCCUCACCGCGGACACGGCACUGGCUGGUGUGCACGCCGCGGAGUCAGCUCAGCCACUGGAUCGGGACCGCGUCAGCGAAGGCGACAAGGCGGCUGACGGUGACCUUUUCAAGCAGAGCCUCUUGGCAACCGCGCGCCCAGCUCUCACACGCACCAUCUCCAUGCCGCAGCAUUCGGAGGGUGCUGGUGCUGGGGUGGGCCCUGCGGUCUCGCGCCCACGAGCAAACGAUUUGACUCGGGGCCGCCGAGCCUCGCAACCAUCACUCUUGACCCGACCCUCCGCCAGCCUGCGCAGUCUCUACCAGGGCCGCGAGAAUGAUGAGCUACUGCGCACCAUGAUGACCUUCUGGCAGUCACCUGUGCAUGGCAAGAAUGUGUUGGGGCACCUGACCCAGACGGCAGAACACAUGAUCUACCGCUUGCAGGGCCUGCGCCAUUACAUCGUGCUGCUGUGCAAUGUCCGAACUAUGGAUGCGUUGCAUCAGACAAUGUGGACUUUUGUGGCCGCUCUUCACGCACAAGGCGAUGCGACCAAGCAAGAUGGCUCAUUGGCCGCUGCCCCGCACCCGGCGGGAGCUGGCUUUGGGCAAAGUCAACUCGAGCGUGAUGUGGCGCAAAUGUUCUACCGAUUCCUCCUCAUCGUUCUUGACUUUAUGCAGACUCUGCCUGCGGCCAGCCCGCUUCACGAGCUCUUCCUUCGCUGCUGGGCCAUUCAAUUCCGCGCCAGCGACCACUCGUUCCUCCACCGUUCACACGUCUUUUCACAUAUAUCCGACAUCAUGUCCAAGUUACACUCGGUCACGUCCAACAGCAUGGCUGCUACGCCAUUGGACGAUCUCUCUGUGACACACACGGGGUCGGUGAGUUUGAAGGACCGCGUCACCGUGUCCUCGCGUGACCACAUGCUGGCCUCUCUAACCGAUGGCUCGACCGAGACGUUUUGGGAAGUGGGUGAUGAUGAUCGCGAGCGCACAAUCACCAUUGAUUGCGCAGAACUUGAGCCGACUGCUGUGGCCGUGCACGUGGACAACGUACGGGACGCUCAAAAUGCCGUCCUGUCCCUUUCCUUGCACACCUCCAAAACAGCACCGGUGCUUGGGGGCAAGGCGUCGUCGCUCGACAAAUCGCAUGCUGGCUGGGUGAUCUUGUCCGUCCCGCCGAACCUACCCGCGCCGCCCAGUAACCUAGUGGUGCGGGUUGGCGGCAGCACCAAGUCGCGCGUGCGGCAAGUCGUGGUGUUGGGUGUACCGCAGCGCACCAGCGGCGGCUUACCGCUGGCAGAACAGGCCAAGGCUCGUGGCAACGAUGCGCUGGCCUUGUUCCGCUUGCUCACCCUGCAGCUGUUUGGGGGUGGGCAAUCGGUCGGUGCGGCCCAGCCGCCGGUCGAAGGUGAUGCGCCAGCCCCGGCUGAGGCAGACGAUCCCAAGCAAGGCGACCCGAAGAAGGACGGUGAUGGUGGCGAUCAGGCCAUCGAUACGCCCGAGCUGCGCCAACACGUUGUGGGUCUGCUCUUUGAUCAAGAUGCGCGCCUCAACACCUUGCAACAACAGGUAUGCAAGCACUUUUUCAACGAAAUUGGUCACCAAGCUGAAGCCAUCUCUCGGGCCGCAGAAGACGCAGAGGAGGGCGUGGCCGUCGUCAAUGACGACUAUCUUUUCGAGCUUGUCAACAUGGUUGCGUCCUUGAGCGCGUCCGCCUCGGGCAUUGAGAACGUUGCGCGAGAGCGUGAGCUCAUCAAUGACCUCGUGGGUCUGCUGCAUCUCAGUACGCCUCGCGUGCAACGCCAAGUUGUGCACAUUCUCUGCCGCCUUCUUCAAGUUGUUCCGCCAACUACCAUGGCUACGCUGGUUACGCGCGUACCUCUGGCCAGCAAGCAGGAGGGACUCGUGCCACUGCUUAUCCUAGCCGUAGCCAAGGCACUUACAGUGCAGGUGCGCGUUCGUGGCGGCCAAAGCAAGGUGAACGAGACCACGACGUUCCGUGCCUCAGUUGCAACGCCGAGCGACAAGAGCCUCUAUCGCUGGUUCACUGGGCGGCUCGAGCAAGAGAACGGCACAGCCGUCGUUAUGGUGCUGGACCAAAUGCUUUCUGGCCAGCUGGGCGUUGCGUGGCAGGAAAAUGCGUACGAGUGUCUGACUGCGCUGCUCGACAUUCUGCCAAGGUUCGAAUCCUCUGAGGACCCGGUCUUGGCUGCCAAGAACCUUGACGUCUGGCUUGCACUCGGCGCUCUCGCUUGCAUUGAUACCAAACUUGUGGCCUUGCUCAACGCCAAGGUCGCGCCCGAGUCUGACGGAAAAUCAUUCUGUGAUAACCAUGAUGAUGGCGAGACGACAGCGCUGGUGAAAUGCGGCGAGUGCCAAGCCAGCUUCUGUGCAGACUGCGACCACGUGCUGCAUUUGUCUCGCACGAAGCGUGAUCACGUACGCGUACGUUUAACAACGCAGCAAGCUGCCAGCAACGUGGAGCUCAACGAGGGCACGGGGCGUGUUCGCCUCCCGCGCCUCCUGUGUCUGACGGACCGCGUCUCACUCAAGGCAGUCAUUGAGGUUAAAGCCACUGCCACGUCGGGGACCACGUGUCGCUUUUGUGACUCGCCUCUAGGUCCCGAUGGCGGUUUGGCACAAACCAUGAGCACAGGCAUCAAAAAUUGUUGCCCAGAUAAGGAUUGCAUCGAGCUGGCCCGUGCGUGCUGCACAAAAACGCUGGCGUGUGGCCACGCAUGUUGCGGUGUCCGCAACGAGGAGCAGUGCUUGCCUUGCUUGCACGGCUGUGACAAUGAGUCCCUGGAGCACCCGCUCACACAAGACCAGGAGGAUCAGUGCAUGAUUUGCUUCACUUCCUCACUGCAGGAAGAACCAUGCCUGCGCGUUGACUGUGGUCACGUGUUUCAUGCCAACUGCCUGAAACGACUGCUGGAGAUUCGCUGGAAUGGUCCGCGCAUCACCUUUGGCUUUUGCAAGUGUCCAAUCUGCAAAGCAUCGCUAUUGCAAACACAGCAGCCGGCACUGGAAGAACUUUUGGUGCCUCUGCGCAAACUGCACGAGAUGGUGCGCCGCAAGGCGCUAAUGCGCCUGCAGUACGAUGGCAAAGCGGAAGCCGUCGGUGGUGAUGAGAGCACACAGGCUGAUUUCGCUAUGGAAAAGUACGCCUACUUCCCGUGCUACAAAUGCAAGCAGCCCUAUUUUGGUGGCGAUGCGGCCUGCGAGGCUGGGCGAGGAGCUGCUGAAUAUGACCCUAGCGAGUUGAUUUGCCCACUGUGCGUGGGCGGGGGUGCGGCUCAACAAAUCUGCGCCAAGCAUGGAGAAGACUUUUUAGAGUACAAAUGCCGCUACUGCUGCUCAGUGGCCGUCUUUUUCUGCUUUGGCACGACGCACUUUUGCAACACGUGCCAUGACGACUAUCGCCGUUGCACCGAAUGUCCCAAAGAAGAUUUGCCACAUUGCCCUUGCGGGCCGGUGCUCACUCAACUGGAAGGUGAUGAAUGCCCGUUGCACGUCAAGCACCCUCCUACUGGUGAAGAGUUUGCCUUGGGAUGUGGUGUAUGCCGCAACGCGCAGACUUUCUAGGCAUGGAGGCAAUCUGUAAUGUACGCAUGAUCACUGUCAGUGACAGCGUCAGCAUUUGCUGUUGACUUGCAACAGCGUGUUUGGUGUGCAGAGGGAUCGCGAUGGCUGUUCGUGACUGCCUAUUGGCGAGCAGUCAAACACGGGAAACAUGGGAUACAUGCGGCUUGACGCGUGGAACAUUGACUCAACAAUCAUGGCAAGGAACAUUGCGCCGUCCGAGCAUGAACAAUUGACGUGAAGUUGUGA